UCCAUUAGUGUGGACAAAGUGUCUAAAGACGAAUUGACGAAUCGCAAUUUUUGGGCGUAAAAAUGAUGCAACAAUUCGCAUUUUACCAUUGUUUUGCGAAUUCGCACCGAAUUCGUAAUUCAAUGCGAAGUGAUGCUAACUAACAAAAAUGAUCAAAAACAACCAAAAAAUUGCGUCUUUUCUUCCUUUUGCCAAUUCGAACAGAAAUAGACGAAUUCGUAAGAAAGUUAUUUCCGGUACCUACGAAUUCGUAAAUCGAAUUGAUCGACCAUCGACGAAUUCGUGAAAUGAUCAUUUUGGUUCCCAAGAAUUCGUGUACGAAUUCGUAAAUUGGCAAAAAUACGAUAAAAUGCGAAUUUACGAAUUCUAUUUACGAAUUCAUAGAUGCCAAAGCAUAACCGACGAAUUCAUAAAUAUUAAUUGUUUUAUAAAUUGAUAAAACAAAUAUCCAGAUUCUCAGACAAAAUGUGCUGCGGGGAGGCUUUCACCACUAUAAUUUAGUUUGAUCGAAAACUUUUCUGCAUAAUAAUUGAGAAGCUAUACAUCACUCGAUGCAGUUUUUUUCGCUAAUUCCGAAUAUGUCAUUUUUAUUGAAUAAAAAGGCUUCUGAAUCGAGAAAAAUAGAAAAUACCUGAAAUAUAAAGGGUUUUUGGAAAACCUGCUUUAGUAUACUUUAACUUAUGACGCCAUUAAAUAGUACAUAGUUCGAACUAUCUGUAGCACCAUUUGAAUUAUCUAAAAGUCGAUUUUCACUUUUCACCUAAUGUCCGUCUGCACGCACACUGUGCCUGCAUAUCUAACGUUUAACCAUUAAUUCUGUGCGAACAUCAGCAAAAUUGUGCUUCAUUAUGCGUUGUUUUGUAUAAGAUUCUAACUGUGCUGUAUGAUGUAACUCGUCGUCCCAAUUCCGGAUAUGUGAAAAUCUCGAGACUUGCUUCUCUGUAGGAAUUUACGGUUUUGAUAUAAGACGUCGGAUUCACAGAGAAGAAUCAAGUAGGCUUUUUGGACCUAUAUAUACCAAUGAUUCCAAACUCCAGGAUGUAAUAGCCCAAAAUCAACUAUUAAAGCGCAGAAAUAUUAAAAGUGAAUAACUAACUGUUCCCAUCCGGUUCUGUCAUGAUCUUUUCAAAAUCAUAUAAGAUCAUGUAGAAUUCGAAUGUUAGACUUCUGAAGUGACACGGAACUAUUAGGUCAUUAGAAUACGAAGUUUUCGAUUACCAUUAUAUUCAUCAUCAGCUGUACAAAUAUAUACACACUUUUCGUUUGUCCUUUUUCAGUACAACUCGAAUUCUACAUGACUUUAGAAGCACUGAUCUUUUAAAAAUUGGAAUAUAAAUUUGGUGUUUUUUAAUUGGUGGAAGAGAUAUAAUUACAUAUUGUCAUCGGCUGUAGAUUGUGAUGUAGCGUUUUCUGCACUAGUCAUAUUUACAGCACUUCAAAAUCAAGGUGUACAUUUUCCAACUUUGUGGGGCUCAGGAGGUGAUUACGCAGAUGGCUGUCCACUAUCACAUGCAAACCACUCAGAUGGCGAUGACGGUUUAAUGAUUUUUAUUCAUUUUUUAUUAUCAUAUUCACUUUGGCAUUCCAAUGGUAUAUUUGGUGUUCGUCCAUUAUUAUUUGCUGAAUUGUAUAUUAUAUUUGUUUUUAAUAACGGAUAUAUGAUUCCAUGUGCUUAUUGUUAA